ACAGAGCAUGAGUGGGGGAGGGGUAGAGAUAGAGAAGGAGACACAGAAUCAGAAGCAGGCUCCAGGCUCUGAGCUGUCAGCACAGAGCCCGACACGGGGCUCGAACUCACAGACUGAGAUCAUGACCUGAGCUGAAGUUGGAUGCCCAACCGACUGAGCCACCCAGGCACCCCUUCUAAAAGCCACUUCCGAUUCUUUCUGAAGACAAUAGCCAAUCUCAAGAAGUAGGCGUGACCUUAGGUGAGACUGACCAUAUAAAAAGCCCGUCUGUCCAGAGAGGACUUCUUUUACAGGGAAGACUGGCUGAGUUUGCAGCUUCCAGGCUUCAGGGAGCAGAGAGUUCCUACUGACCCUGAUAGCAGCAGACCUUCCAGACCUUCCAGAGCUUCCAGAGAUGUACAGAAAUAUGGAUUUGGACACCUUGCAAGCCUUGCAGAAUGAACUCAUCUGCUCCAUUUGUAUGAACUACUACAUAGACCCUGUCACCAUUGACUGUGGGCAUAGCUUUUGCAGUCCCUGCCUGCACCUCUGCUGGGAGGAAGCCCAGACCCUAAUGUCCUGCCCUGAGUGCAGGGGAAUUUCAGAGAAAUCAGACUUCAAAACCAAUAUUGCGCUCAAGAAACUGGCAUCCCUUGCCAGACGGGCCAGAGUUUACCACGCCAACAGCUCCAAUGAGCAGAUCUGUGUGGUACACAAGAAAGCAAAGGAGUUCUUCUGUGAGGCUGACAAGAGCCUGCUGUGUGGGCUCUGCUCUGAAUCACCAGAGCAUGUGGCUCAUGGCCACAGUCCAGUCCAGUGGGCUGCUGAGGAACACAGGGAGAAACUUCUGAAGAGAAUUGGCUCUUUAUGGAACAUGACUCAAGAAAUGCAAAAUGAUCUGAAUCAAGAAGCUAACACAAUCCAGUCAUUUGAGGACUAUGUGCUUUUAAGGAAAGUGAUGAUCAAAAUGCAGUAUCAGAAGAUGCAUCUGUUUCUCCGCGAGGAGGAGCAACUCCAUCUGGAGACACUGGAGAAAGAGGCGGAGGAGAUUUUGCAACAACUCCAGGAAAGUGCAUUCAGAAUGACCCAACAGAAAGCAAGCCUGAAAGAAAUGUACAAAGAGCUGACUGAGAUGUGCCACAAGCCUGACCUGGAGCUGCUCCAGGACUUGGGAAAUGUAUUGCAAAGGACUGAAUUGGUGCAGGUGCAAAAGCCUCAGCCCAUGAUUCCAGAGCUCACCUUGCACGGCAUCACAGGAAUCCUAGACAUACUGAACAACUUCAGAGUGGGUAAUGUGCUGAGUCAGGAAGCCACCGGUCGCUACAUGUGCGUUUCUGAGGAUGCUGGAAGUGUGAUGUUUGGAGUCACCCAUCCUGGUGUGUCCAGAGAGCCUGAGAGCCUGGCGAGCUUUGCAGCCUGGGGACCUCAGGUCUUCACCUCUGGUAAACAUUACUGGGAGGUGGAUGUCACAUGCUCCCCAAAUUGGAUUCUGGGAGUCUGUAAAGAUUCCUUUAUGAGUGAUAUUGAUACCAUUAGUGAUCCUGAGGCAGCAUUUCUUCUGUUUUCUUUGAAGAUAAACAAUCGUUAUAGUCUCUCCACCAACUCCCCGCCCUUAAUUCAGUAUGUGGAAAGGCCUCUGGGUCAGAUUGGAGUAUUUCUGGAUUACGACAAUGGAACUGUGAGCUUCUAUGAUGUUUGCAAAAGUUCCCUCAUAUACAGUUUCCUUCCUUCCUCCUUCUCUUUCCCUCUGAAGCCUUUCCUUUGCUUUGGUUCCCUCUGAAAAAACAAGUUUUGUGAGCAUUUAUCUGAUGAAUUCCCAUGUCUGAGGAAAUUCCUAUCAUGAAACCUUUUCAUGUAAAACAACAGGAUAAUAAGGGUCUUUGAGCACACUGACUUAAGGGAACAGAACCAUUGUACAUUUAUAAAAUGGCAUUAACUAUGUUGACUAUAUAAAUUUGUGUAUUAAAUUUUCUUUUAAUAAAAAAUUGUUUAUUUUGGA